AUUGAUCUACGACAAAAGCUAAAACUUGCCACUGAAAAAGAAGAGAAAGGUAAAGAAGCAAAGGAUCCGGAAGAACCAGUUACUAUAUGUCAUGAGAAAGCUGUAUUUCUUUUGAAAUUUGCUGGUCUCAGCAAACAAGAACCCAAGCAAGAGGAGAUAGUGAAGAGUAAAAGAAACUUGAUGAGAAGUCUUUCAUAUCAAAUCCGAGGUCGUCUACCAUCGCAGGAUUCAACGGAGAGAGAUACAAACUUGAAGGGUCGGUACAUUAUGCUGGAGGAAGAGAGUGUGUACGAGAGAUUCCCAUCAUUCAAAAUAAUCAUGGACUUUGUCAAGAAUGCUACUCUCACCAAACAAAGGGUACACAAAUUGCUUGAUCAGCGCUGUCACAGAGCUCAAGACCUGGCGGAUGUAUUCAUGUUUGCUGCCGAGUUCAUCAGAAUCAACGCCAAUCCCCAUUUAUUCCAAGUUCCUAAUGUACUCUUCUUACAAGAAAUGCUUGGCACUCAGAACUACUUUCCAAUUCAUUAUGCAAUUCAACUUGAAGGUUGUGGCUUAGAACUUGAAAGCAGAGUGCGUAGGUCGUAUUAUUCUUUGACAAGAAGACUGGUAGAUGCUGUCACUACAUUUGAUAGAACCACAUAUCCAAGAUCCACACAAUCAGCAUAUGAAUGUGUGCAGGCUCUAUUACUUCAUUUAUUAGACAUUGAUUGGCAGUUGUAUGAUCUACAGUUUGUAGCUGAUCUCAAAAUACCUGCACUCCUGCUUAAUAUAUCAAAGCAAUCUGUAAGUUUACGAGAUAGUAUUGAGAGUGGUAAAGAUCAUACUGAAGAGUUAGAGAUAUACAAACAAUGCAAAUCAUGGUUAGCCUCAUGUACUGAAGAAUUUAUGCAGUGGUAUACAUUGGUUGAGCGUGCCAAAGGGGAAGAAAAACGGGCAAUACACAUGUUUGUAGCCAGGUAUUGUGACAUGUUGGAUGUGGAAAUCAAAUGUGAUGGUUGUGCUGUCUUGUUACCAGGACAACGUUAUCGAUGUUUACAAUGUGAAGACAUGGAUCUGUGUAAUACUUGUUACCUGGGUGGUGUCAAACCAGAUGGUCACACAGACUAUCAUGAAAUGGUUCACCUCAUGUACAAGUGUGAUCAGUGUCAGGCAUUUAUUGUGGGAACCCGUAUACAUUGUAAUGUCUGUGAAGACUUUGAUCUUUGUUAUGGAUGUUAUGAUGCCAAGACAUAUCCCAACAGUCACAAGAGUACCCAUGAAAUCACUAUCAUGCCACUGAAAAAAGUGAGUAAUACCAAUCAGCUGAGUACACUACCAACUUACCUGCACCACCAUUCAUGGAUUCAGUUUGCUGCGUUGGCUCUCUCAUUGGCUGAUAUGAUUAAUAAUCCCAACGCAACAGAUAUCAGCAGUGAAUAUUUACACGUCGCUAAUCAUUUACAUGAACAGUGUAUAGAACUUGUCAUUGCGUCCCUCACUCAUGUACAAGCUGCCACCCCUACAGUAGAGAAAAAGGAGAAAACUACGAAUGCUGAUGAGAAAGAUAUUGAUGAAGCUGCUGCAAAAGAUAAACCUGGAGAGGAGGCAUGUGAACCAAAGACUAAGAAGCUAAAAAAAGAAGAUGAACUAAAAACUGAAGGGAAAACAAAGGCAGGGGAAACAGUAGAGGAGAUGGAAGAAGAUGAAAAAGCAAAAAAUGCUUCUAAAGACGCUGCCGAAGUAGUUUCUGAAAUUGAUGAAUCCAAAAAUAAAGUCCUACUUGCCCAUGAGGUAGCGUUUGCUGAAUGUUCUCAAGAGAGGAUUCUGGGAUUAUUGGGCUCUAUGCUGCCACAGAAUGGUUCAAGUACAGUAUGUGCUCAAGUGAUGGAGAGUUUCCAAGUGAACACAAUGUUACCUUUGUUAUUUAUAGUCGCAAGGGGCAGAAAAGGUCAUCAUAACAACACUCAGCAUCUCGCUGUCGGCUUGUUAGGACAGCUACUAAGAAGGCUAACACCAGAGAUAUGUGAUAAAGCUAUUGUUGAUGAAUUAUCAAAAUUAGAACAUGAUUGCACAGAGACAGCUCAGUUUUUAUUCUCGUUUGGAGCGUUGUGUCUGGAAAGGAGUGGACUUGAGUGGGCGUCUAUCAUGUCUGACAUCCUACAAAGACUGUGUCAUUUUCCUCACUGGAGAUCAGCUCUAGCUGACAAUAUCAGUAAAUUUUUACAAGAUUUGCCUUCUUCACCUAAACUAUCAAGUAUAUUCGCCCUGUUUGUAGUGGCUGGCUUUCCUGAGGUGUUAUGCCUUGGAACCCCAGCUGUGCAUAGAGAAACUAGCGGUGAUACUAGGGAUGCUAUCAUUCUCAAACAUAUUCCAGAUGUUGGGAGAGCUAUUAUUGUUGAUGUCAAACUGAGGAAAAGGAAACAUGUGAAAGAAUACCAGGUGGAAUGUAAACCCCCAUCGAGAGAGCCGUUGGAUUCAGAGAGGUUUGAGAGAUUUCUGACCAUUGCUAAGGAUAUAUUGACAAUGUCUAAACAAGGAAAAUCCUUGAGUGUUGAAAUAAUGUGGGUUCUUGGUCUGACGUUGAAAGCAGUUUUGACCAAUUUACAGAGUGUCAAAGGCGUUGAGAGUGUAAAACAAGUAUUAGAUAGCGGCUUACUACCACUAUUAGUUCAUAUGGCAGCUAAGGGCACUGAGUUCAGUCGACAGUGGCUGCUUAAAGACCUAGAGAUUAUGUCUGUGAUGUUGUAUACAGGUGAUAAGUCUGAGACAAUUAAACCACCUCACGAACCUAAAAUCAAACCAUCUCCCAAACAACAUCUUGAGACCAUUGCGGAUCCUGAUUUGCUGAAUGACAAUGAUUGGAGCGACACUAGUAGCAGUAGCAGCAGUAGUUCGAGCAGCAGCAGUAAUGAAGAAAUUACGCCAACUCAAGAAACUGCAUCACCCACCAAAACCCCUGAAGUGACAGAGGUUGGGUUGGAUCCAAUGGAAGGGCUGGAUGAGAAUACAAAAAUAUGUUUUCAGAUCACUAAUGAUGCGUUGAAGGCACCACUGUCAGUAUUAAGAGCUAUCUAUGAAGCCAAUGGUAGACAGACCAAUUUGUUGUUAGAUGAAGUACAGAAAUGUUUUGAUGGUGAUGUGUUUCAUGUCAGUGAUUUGAUAAGAGAACUUGCCAAGAAGUGGGAACCACCAAAACGACCAGUGGUUGAGGAAAUCGAAAACAGAGCUAUUGAUGCUGGUGUGAUUAGUUAUACUCCAAAGAAAAACUUACCAAACAUGUUCAACUUCAGUCUCAAAAACGACUUGUCCAGUAGCAUCACUUUGCGACCAGUUAAUGUUGCCAUUGUUGAACCAAAUGAAGGAAUACAGAAGCUGAUAUCAACACCAGAAAAUGAAAUGAAGCAGAGCUAUGGUAGACAGCAACGCAACAAAAGUUCUGCACUUCUACGGAAAGAACUUGAAACACAUGGCAAGUCUGGUUCUAGACAGUACCUGCUGAAAGUUAAUAGUGCAAUGGCUAUAAUGUAUGCCAGACAUGUGCUAUCUGCUGUGCUUGCUGAGUGGCCAUCUAGUGAUUACGUCAUCAGCUGUGAAUCUCUUGGAUGCAGUGAUCAUGCACAGUUAGUCAGCACUAUAGAUCUCCUACAGAGAGCUGAGGAGAAGGAAAACUUCCUGAAGGUUGUACGUAAUGUAGUACACUUUUGUAGAGACGAUUUAUUGACACCAUUAUCGCUAGCGUCAUGUCAUUUUAUGGAAGAAGUAAAUUUAUGUACAGAGACGAUAGAAUCAGAACAUAACUAUAAAAAUAACACCACACUGCAGGACAAAGUCCAUAUCAGCAAUGCUGUCUUUUUAACGGUGAAAUUUGAUCCCCGAUGCUCUACAGAAGAAGGUUGUGAUGAGUUGACCAUCGCGUCAAGUCCUGAUUUUAAACUAGACAAACGUGUAUUCAGCGGUUCAGCACGGGAUAAAUGGAUUGAUUUUGAUAUACCUGGUUAGUUACUCUGUAUU